UUUGUUUAUAAUUGAAAAACACAUUCUUAAUGGUGAUAGCAAACAAAUCUAGUCUAUAAGUACUUCCAACGCCGAGUUUUCUCAAUAUAAUAGUUAUUAUUUUAUUGUGUUUUCGAAUAUUUUUGUUGAAAAAAACGGGAAAGUGCUAAACAACUUAUUACCUACCACUUUACACAUAAAUGUUUUAAAUGAGAUGGUUUUAGUGAGCCAGAGCGAGUGUAUCACCACUUUUUAAUCCGCUCGGAACACUUAUUUAGUGCGGGAAAUAAUUUAUUUUUUCUUAAAUUAUUUUAAAAAGAAUUUAAAAUGUCGUUGUUAUUUGGUAACGAUUUAUCGUUGAUUGUUUCGAAAAAUGUGCGGAAAUAGUUUUGUUGCAAUAAAGGGGACACACCUCGACUAUUCUUUGACUGAAAAACACAAAAGAAAUCCGACGAUUUUAUAGAAUUAGUUUGUGAGAGUUUUUGAAUCUAAUCCAGCUUUAUUAAAAAUGAUGUCGAAAAAGCAAUGGUUCGUUCUUUUUUGCUUAUUCAUAAUCUACAUUCUUUUGGGUAGCACAUUUUUUUAUUACGUCCAAAGCCACGAUGAAGCCCAUAAAAGAGAAAUCGAGAAAGAGGAACGAAAAAUCAUCGAAGAACUCAUUAAUAAACACUACAAUUCAACAAUGGAGGAUACCAAACCUGAUCUUUUCCAAAAAUUAACCAAUUACUGCGGAAAACCGAUGCUUUCUAACGUAACAGACGAAGAGGAUCCUCCGAAAUGGGAUUUUUAUCACGCUGUAUUUUUUUCGGUUACAGUUGUAACCACGGUAGGGUAUGGUAAUUUAGCUCCAACCACAAUGUUAGGACGAAUUGUGAUGAUGUUUUACUCUUUAAUCGGGAUUUCUGUAAACAGCAUAGUUAUGUUAACGUUAGGAGAUUAUUUCGGAAAAUCGUUUGUUAAAUUAUACAGACGAUGGAAAACUGCGAAAAUGGAAUACGAUACAACCCGCUUAGGUUUAAUCAGUCAAAUAGUACUUUAUUUAGUACCCGGUUUUACCUUUUUCAUAUUCCUUCCGGCUUUUAUUAUCAUGGCCUUUGAAGAAUGGGAUUAUGAUGUUGCCGUUUAUUAUUGUUUCGUUACAAUAACAACCAUUGGGUUUGGAGAUAUUGUUGCAGGAGUUAAUAAACCUGGACAAGGCACUGUAAUGUGGUUAGCAUACAAAAUAUUCCUCUUAGUUUGGAUAAUAAUUGGAUUAGGAUACGGCCUAAUGGUUCUAGGAUUUAUUUCAAGAGGUUUACGAAGUAAAAAAAUUCGAGCGAUCGAACAUGCAUUAGCGAUGAACAUCAAAAAAACACCUCAUAAAAUCCGAUCGGAAUUAAGAUCUUUAGUACACGAAUUCCUUUUACUUAAAGUAAAACGGGUUUAUAAACACGAAUUUGUUUAUACACCCCAUAAAAUCGAGAGAAGUCAAAGUUGUCCGGAUUUAAGAAUUUACGAUGAUAAUAAACUAGUUGUACCAGCGAUGAAUAGGAGGCGAGCUUGUUCAGCUUGUGUUUUUGUUUCACCCCUUAUUAGAAUGUCUUCUGAUAGUGAUUUAACUCAAAUUGAUAUGGAACGAACGUUCCCAAGGAAAUUAUCCGAACAAAGUAAUUUAUUGUUAAGGGUUGCAAAUGCAUUGGGAAGUAUUGAUAAUGAAGAAAUUGAUGAUAAUGUUAAUACAAUAAGAUCAUUAAAUCAAGAAUCGAGGUUAAAUAUACCGUUUGUGCGUAAAAGAGCGUGUAGUGAAGUUAAAUUUCCUCAAAAGUUGCCUGAAAAUAAGUACCAAAAUGAUUUGACUUGGUAUGGAAAACCAUCUUUCGUUAAUUUACAAGAAAUCCGGGAAGGACUUCAAUAUGGAAAAGCAAGAAGUAGAACUCUUCCAAUUCAACCCCCCAAUAUCUUCUCAAAAAUUAAAAAUACCAUUAAAGGAACAUCAAACAAGGAUAAUAAAGACGUUGAUGUUGAAAAACAAGAAAGUGCGAAAGUGCCGAUACCUCGCACAAACAGCGAAGCUAUUAAUAAAUAUGUGAAUAAUACGCGUCAUGGAAGACCUUCAAUUUUACAUCAACCUUCUUCUGAUAGUGUCUUAGAAGAGACUUCUAUAGCUGAUUUCUUAAGAAUGUUAGCAAAUAUAUCGAUUGAUGGCGAAGAAGAUGAAGAACCUAAACCUGUACCUAACAGAAAACUUGGUACAGCAUCGUUAACUCCACCUGAUUUAUCACCAAUGACUAGGAGGGCAAUUUUAAAUAGUUGUAGGAAAGGUUCUUUAAUGCCACCAAGUCAUAACCCAGCUUCUGGAAGAAGAUUUUCGUUGCGGCCUUCAAAUUUCUUAGAACCUUCACCACCUAAAAGAGUUAAUUUAAAUCCAAACACAUUAGAAGUUCCUUCGUCACAUUCACAUCAUCUUUCACCUCCACCACCAUACACACCCUUUGCUACUACAGAUAGAGAUGUUCCAGGAAGAAGAUCUAUUAGAGUUCCAGGUAGUAAUAGAAGAUACUCGUUGAGACCAGUUUUAAAUUUAAAUCAAUCGUCAACGGGGCCGGUUCAAAGACAAGUUCGAAAACGCGACGAUUCUUAUAGUGAAAGGUUGUGAAAAUGUGAAGAAGGGGACUUUUUAAAAUGUGAUAUUAAUUUGAUUAUUAGUAGAAAGUAUUUACAUUAAUUAGCAACGCGUUACUCAGAAUCGAAAAUAAAACGAGUUGCUAAUAGUUUUGUGAGGAAAAUAGAGACGUGACGUCAAUAAAACGUCUCGAAAAAGAAUUUUUUAAGAAAAAAUCAAUCCUUUAUUACACUUAUUUAUUAAGAACCUAAAAUAUCUUUU